CAUCGACUGUAUGAGUAUAAUUGAGUUGACACGGCCUUCUGUACCUCGUAGUUCGUCUGGUUGGAAGUUGUAACUUGUACUUACUACUAAUACUUCGUUGUUGUCUUGUUGACGGUCUGUUCUGCCUCUCCGAGUUCCGACUAUUACUAUUAUUUAUAAUUAAAUUUUAUUUUCUACAUCGCCACAGCUGCAUUGUACUGUGCCUACUCGGUAUUCGUAAAUUGUAAUCAGAAAACGUUUAAUCACGAUUCAAGACCAACGUCUUAGGACAGUAACGAUCUUUUUAAUUUAACACUCGUUAGUGGUUAUAGAUCAAACGCCUAGGUCACGGUUUGUAUUGCUAAACACACGCACAGAUUUAUAUAUAAUAUAUUUAUAUAACUCAAAAGAUAUCUACCAAAACUAUACGUUUUGGCAGCUUCAACGUCAUUGUUUGUAUAAUAAAUCCUUCGCAAACAAAUUUGCACGUUCUAAACUACACAACAGCUAUCAAUGGCGGACGAGUUAAUCAACUACAAAUUGCAACUGCAGCAGAUGCAGCAAUGGGAAACAUUAUUAGCAUCAUCUGUAUCUUACAUCGGCAUCAUCCAAAGUAUCAAGAGAAAAUUUGCUGUUCAUAAAAGUCUUCAGAUUUGCUUUACCUGCAUUAUACCCAAUUCACCUGGCAACAGCAGUUGGAACAGUUGUAGCUGAUAUUUAUUCACCAACUGAUUGGUUACUGUAAAAACAAACAACCAUGGAUUCAGCCAUGUUGAACAUUCUACAUCCGGAUGUAAUCGUUUAUACGCACCGGUAGAAGCUGCAUUGACUAAUAGUCCUGAUGACCCAGAACUUAUGAAAUUAAAAACUGAUUUAGAAGAAGUAAUUGAAUUAACAGCUGAACUUGUAAGAACCCAAACUCAACCAAAAAAAGAAGUCGUUCAAACAAAAAAAGAAUCAUCGUAUCAGCCUGAUAUACUACCAUCUGUUGCUAAGACGAAAGGAGAAUGGAAAUCAGGAGACAGAUGUUUGGCACAGCUUGCAGAUGAUGGUAAAUUCUACGAAGGUACUAUUGAGACUAUUGAUGGAGAAGCAGUGGCAGUCUUAAUUGAUGGACAAAAAGCUGCUGCAGUGACAACACUAGAUUUUAUAAAAGAUUUACCUAGAACUCAUCCUAAUGAAAUGAAACACAAAAAACAACCUGUAGCCAAGUAUAGAGAAUAUCAGAAGAAGAGAAAACUUGCUAAACAGCAGAGGUUUAAACAAUUAGAAGAGGAACGUGAAGUAGAAAAAAAUAAAUGGCUAGCAUUUGCCACUAAAGGUGUGAAAAAAGGCAUACCAAAAAAAAGCAUAUUCGCCAGUCCCGAUAAUGUUAAUGGACGAGUUGGAAUUGGCACCUGCGGUUUAGGUGGAAAAGGUAUGACUGAAUUUCCAACAGCUGAAAAAAGAAAAAAAUAAGACUGCAAUCAAUGCAUUGUAUUUAAAUUUUGUAAAAAAAAAUUAAAGCUAUCAUAUCAACAUGCUUGUAAUACCCCUUAUUAAUUGUAAUCUUUUUUUUAUCUCACAUUUUAUGUUGUAAUGUAUAUUUGUUUCAUGAAUAUAAGUUAUAUUUAUGUGUAAUUAAAUAAAAGUUACUAUUUAUUUAAUUUUCUAAAAACAUGAAUGUAUAAAUAAAAAUAUAUGUAUAAUAUGUGUGGUAUAGUGCCAUAUUUAAUAACUAAUAAACCAUUAUUUUAAAUUAAAAUAGUGAUUCGACACAUAAAA